CAAUAUUGUUUCAUCGUGUGGUGGGUUCCUAACUGUCUUUUCUGAAUAUUUUUCAGAAAAGGCAUUGAGUCAAAUUUUUUACAGGAUGUCUUAAUACUCCGACCAUUAGCAAUACUUCUUAAUACACCGACCAUUAACAAAACUGUCAUUUUUCCAAUUAAUUGUUGGAUGACUGAUGUCUCCACGGAUGAUUACAGUAUGCUUAGGGAACUUACGUACAAGUGGAUUGCAGUUUUCAUUAAUUUUUCGUUUACAUCAGGAGAUGAGUCUGGUGGGCUAUAGAAGUAGCCAGUUAUUAUUUUAUGCCCGCUCUUGAUACUGAGUCUUGCCCAAACAGUCUCACAUGUAGCUUCAGUUUAUUUCUCGGUGGAUUUGAGUGUCUUGUCAACUGCAACAAAUAUGCCACUUCCAUUUCCUUAUCCUUUCGAUAUAUAUUAAAUUUCUCCAAAAAUCUAAUGCUAUAAGCUGCACCAUAACAUUAAUAAUCACCCAUUAGAUUUCUGUUGACGCCAUGUGGAAAGCUGUGCUACUACGCAGAAUUUGUGGCGUCCUUAUGAACGGUGCAACUACAGAAAUCCACUAGUUGCAUGUGUGAACCCGGCUUAAAUUCACUGCCUAGCCAUUGGCAGCCAUGCCCAUUUAGCAAGAAACUUUGCGCAGAGCAUCAUAAGAUAUUAUUUAAGUGUUUACUGUAAGUAAACCACGGUGGGUUUGUUUACGUAUUCUGAGUGUAGAGCAUGUGAUUAAUGGCAAAAUUAGGUGUUGCGUAUGGGCUUUGCCCACUGAUUGACGAAAGUAGUUUACUUGGUGUAACAGACGAUUCCCAGCCCGGAACUGUGCUUGUGACACUUGGGAGAAAUAUCGUUAUAAGAUAUAAGUUGCAAGAUCAGAAGCAGAUUGGUAGCUGGAGCACAAAAAGCAGACUGACAUCACCUGUAAUAUAUGACAAAGCAAACAAACAGUAUGUGGGUGUGUUUCACUAUAACCAAAUCCGGACAUGGACAGAGAAUGAUGACAGGUUGGAUAAAGCAAAUAAAAUAAAGUUUCAGGAACCCAUAAACUGCAUUUUGUCAUCUUCUGAAGAAAAACCUCCCAUUGUUCUUUUCAAAAAUGGUUGUGUGUUACCAUUAGAUGCUGUUUUGCAAAAAAGGAAAGAAGACACCCAAAAGCCAGUUUUGGCAUCAGAUGAAGAAAUUGAAGAUUCCUAUAUUGUAUCCUCUGAAGGAAGAAAUUACGUCACUUUUUUAGUGCGUAACUCAAAGAAUGGUGUCUUUUUGUAUGUGACACCUGUUGUUGGAUCCAGGAAUGAAAUACAAAAAGUAAACUUAAACAGGGAUGAACCUGACAUAACCUUAAAAGGCUUUACAGUUGUCCAGGAUUCAUCUUCCUGCCACAUUUUCACUUUAUGGAGUGAUGGCAAACUAUUCUCACUGAACAUCUUCCAUACCUCGGACAUAAAGUCUCCCGGAAAUUUUGUGCAAGCAGUCUCAUGUGUCAACACCAAGAAUCCAGUUGUGCUGAAGGCACUAAGUAGCACAUAUUUAAUGUUGUAUGGUGCAGAUCCUAGUGAAGAAGGUGCCUUUAUGCUGGUGCUGAAUUUGCAGUUCCGACUGGUAAAAUCAAGACUGCACUUCAAACUGUUCAGCCCGCGGCCACAGGUGUGGCGUGUGCAGUCGGCACUGCUUCUCCCUGUUGGCCUUAGCCUGGUGGUAGUGCCAUUUCACAUAGGUGAUGAACGCCUCGCUGCCCUACUAGGCACUUCACGACCUCUUCUUUCUGAAGCUGGAUUGCGGCCAGCUAUUGUGGCUGACUGGGGCACUACCAGUGAUACUGGCUCCAGUGUGGAUUCAACGCAGAAUAUCUUCUCCACGGCACCGAAUCAUAUUCGUGAAAGGCUGGAAGGUGUUGCAUCAGAUGGCUGGCCACAGGCACUAAUAUUUUGUGAAAUUCUGCCUCAUCUGAUACAGAAGAAAGAUGUUAAAAGCGUAGAAUGGUGCUUAAGACACCUCACAGACUUACCAGAAGAUGGCCUUGUGCAAGUAUUAUCAUUCUGCCUGUCAGCGAAUGAUACAGUUUUUGAUUCUGGUGUGCCAGCUGUUGAUGGGGACACAUCAUUUUUAAUGAAUGGUGUUCUGGAUGAUAAUGCAGACACUGGAACCAACAAAAUUAUGAAGAUAAAGCCAUUAAGUCCUCCUGGUAGGGCACAUCUCUUGCAAUUAGCUCUGAAUGCUCAUGUGAGUGAUGCAAAACUGACAGCACAUCUGCGCACUCUUCCACUGGAUGAGGUGCUACUUUUGCUGCGUCAUUUAGUUUACCAGCUGCAGCAAGACGUGACUGAUGUUCGGCUGCUGAACUGGUCGUGCGCAGUGCUUGAUGCUCACUAUCAGCAGCUGCUGCUCAGCAGAGACAACCAGGUUUCCCAGUUACUUGCCGCCUUCCAUCAGAUUGUCAUUGAAAAUUUGAGCUGCAUGAAGGAUCUUGAGACAUCAGCAGCAAUUCUCCAUAGGCUGAAAGCAGGAAAACCAUUGAAAAAGCGACAGUGUAGUAACAAAGCAUACUCAAUUGAAACACUUCGCCUGUAUUAAUGUAUCGUAGUUGAAAAUAAAUGUUAAAAUUUACUGUGUUUGUGUGAUUAAAAAACCUUAGAAGUUC